UUCAGCAAAUAUCAUUGCCCUCCUCAAAAGGAAAACUGGAGAAAGGAGAGUUUAAUUCUCAUUUUGAAUGAAUUCUGUCUAAAUGAACAUGUAUACUUUGUCUAACUUCUCAGCUAAAAAUUUAUAUUAUUUGUGUGUGCGUGUGUGUGUGUGUGUGUGUGCGUGUGCGUGUGCGUGUGCGUGUGCGUGUGCGUGUGCGUGUGCGUGUGCGUGUGCGUGUGUGUGUGUGUGUGUGUGUGUGUGUGUGUGGGAUAGACCUCUUAGCUUGCAUUGUGAUAGAAGGGAUCUUUUUAAACUUGAAAAAAUGUAGGGAAAAAGACAAAACAUACAAUGGAUUUUGGGGUUUAAAUUUUUCCUUGAUUUUUUAAUCUACCCAUUAUCAGAGAUUAUUUGAUCGACUUGUCAUUACAGUGAUUGAAGAGAAAAUUUCAUUUUUCUUUCUGUAACAAUUCCUAAGAUAUGAUCAUGCAAUCAGUCUCAAAUUUCAAUGUGUGAAAAAACCUGCAGAAAGUGGGUUCAUGGACAACAACAACAAAAGAAAUCUUGCAAAGUGUUUGAUGUAUCAGGCAAAAAUCUCCCCAAUUACCUUUAUAAAUAUCCAUUUUUAGUCUAUAAAAUUUUCUGCCCACCCUGGGUCGCUCUUUGGCUUUGCCUCUAAAUAAGUUAAACUGCUGAUCAGAUAUCAAAAUUGUUCAGCAAUAUUUUGCAUAUUUCCAUUUAUAUCUAAUGUGUUUAUUUAAUGUUAGUCUUUGUAUUUACAUUUUAGGUUAAAACUGCCUAAUAUGAGCCCCUGUGUUGAAUUUUGGUGUGCACUGUGAUGGCUCAACUACAAGAACAUUGUGUAUUCACAGUAAGAUAUCACCAAAACAUACAUCAACAAUAAAGAAAUGAAUGAAACUCAUUGAAAAGUUAUAAUUUCAUUGCAUUUUCAUUUAUAAUACCUGCUUGACUGAACACCAUAUAAAGGUUAAAAGAAAGUGCAGCAGCAGGUGUCCGGUGUUGCCUGAGCUUGACGGUCCAAUCAGCAAACAGUUUCAAGUUACUCCAGGAAGUGUUGCUAUGGAGACCAGAGCAUCAAAACUUUGCAGCCAGUUUCCAGCCUGGAUGCCUCCCAGCGGGUGAACAACUGGGUUUAUCCUAUUAGCCUGCGGAGGAAUGCAGGUCCAGUCGGUUCCUCUCGGCUCUGUAACCAUCGGACCGCGGUCUUGGAGCGAUGGGACGGUCCGGUCCAUCCGGCGGGCGGAGCGCCUGGUCCGGCAGACUCGCGCCGGGCGGUCCGCAGCCUGCAGCCGGCCCCGGAGCUGCAGCGCCGCCGCCGGCUCCAGCCCGGAGGACGCCGCAGAAACAGGCGCAGAUAAGACAAGAGCGCAGGAAUGCGGACAGAGUCGUGACUCCGUCCGCAAAAAUAAGAUGUCGAGGCCUCAAACUACCGGAGUGACGUUCCCUGCCGGAUUCCAGAGGACGUCUGGGGUCCCGUUCCCGUCCUCCAGCCUGCGGGAGCAGUGUGCCGAGAGCAGCGCCUCUGUGGCCGUGGACUACAUGCGGAGGGUUCGGGAGGUGGAGGUCCAGCUGCGCAGACAGGCCGGCAGGGUGACGGAGGAGGGGGUGAGGCUGCAGAGGGAGCGAGGCCACGUGGAGAGGAUGCUGCUCAGCAUCAGGACCAGUCUGACCGUCAACAGGAGGAGCUCGGAGGGCAGAGCCAGGAGGCCUCACACUGCUGAGACGGAGAGCGACGGUGCCGAUUACCUGCUGCUGUGCGAGAAAAGAGAGCUGGCCGAGUUGAAACAGAAUCUGGAGGGAGUUCUGGGAGCCACACUGACCCAACUGCAGGCUCUGGGUGUGAGCAGCAGGCGGCUGCUGGACUGUGCAGCUGAACGGGCUCAUGUCCUGGAGCUGCUGCCUCACAGCGGCUCUGCUGGAGGAUACAGCACCACCGCUCACACCUCCACCAAAACAGACCCCAUCGGACCCUUUACACCAGAGUGUAAACAGGUUUUAGAGUCGUCCACUCAGACAGUGAAGCAGUCACAGCUGCUGAGGGAAAACAUCAGACGGAUGCUAACCGGCGCCAUCAGCAGGCAGAAAGCUGCUCAUCGCUCCGUCAACGAUGGCCUGGUGAAGAAAAUUGCAGAGACAGUCAGUCUGCAGCAAAAUCUGACUGUGACGUCUGCGGCCGCCAGACAGGCCAUGUUUCGCAAGCAGAGAGAAAUUAACUGUAUUCGUCACAGCCACGACAGAGCACAGGGUCCAGAGUACAGUGGAGACAUACUGUCCAGAGAGAAGCUCAACAGGCCUGUGGUGCAGGUUUACCAGAGACAUCCGGGGACUCAGUUACCUGAGGCUGCUCAGCUCAUUCAGGGCAGCGUGUUGCUGAGGCGACACCGACAGGCCUCUGAAGGCGAGCUGGUGAGGCUGCAGCGCACCUGUCUGCAGCUGCUGGACGACCUGCACGGCAAGACAGCGGCAGCUCAGGUGGACGCAGCCGUCGUCCGCAUGAGGCGCCAGCAGGUCGACAAGAGAGCCAUGCCCACUUUCCUCCAGCAGGGGGCGCUCUGAAGCCAGCUCCCUCUGCCUGGGGCUCAGAGGAGCUGCAGCAGGCCAGUGGAGAGAAAAGAUAGUGUUAAUUCUAAUGUGUGGUGAGAAACAGGCAGGAGCCACGUGCAAAACUCAAUCUCACUUUAAGGCCAAAAGUAUAGGGACACCUCUAUUUUCACGUGCACUGUUGGUCUUGGGCAGUUUUUCAUAGUUUUCACUGUGUGUUCUGUCACUGUUCAAAGAGGAUUUUUGCUCAGUUGAUCUUUGCUGGAGGGGUUGUGUUGGUCCACCUUUCUCUCUAAAAUACCCAAAAGGUGUUUUAUUGGAUUCAAGUCAGGCUGCAUACUUGUCCGAGUCGUAGAUUUCACUUGUGUUAAACACUUGUGUGAUUUUUCUGCUUUGGAUGGUUCUCACGAUGGAAUAUUCCUCUUCUUACAAGCAGCUACAGACUGGAAGUCAUCUUGUCAGACAGUAUAUGAUAUAUCCACAGACAUGCAUCUAUAAAUGUCAUGGCAUGUGCAAAAUUAAUCUCACUCUUAGGUCAAAAGUUUAUGGACACGUAUGUUUUCAUGUGCACUGUUGUUCCUGGGCUGUUUUUCAUGGCUCUCGCUGUGCCUUUUAGUUUCAGUUCAAUUUUGGCGCUAACUAAAGUGUAUUUAUUUAAGGGAACAGUGUGCUUCUAGAAAAAAGAAGUUCUGUUUCAGGUACUCUCAUGCACAAACUAAUGUCAUUUAGUUUUGGUUGGAAAAACUAAUCUGAUCUGACUUCAGUCCAAUUCAGUUCAGUUCAUCCAUCCAUCCAUUAUCUAUACACCGCUUUAUCCUCAUCAGGGUUGUGGAGGGGCUGGAAACUAUCACGGCUGACUUAGGAAGAAGGUAGGGGACACCCAGUCUAUCACAGGACUACACAUAGAGACAAACAAGCACACUCACAUUCACACUCAGCAUGUACAGGGAGAACAUGCAAACUCCAUGCAGAAAGAUCCCAGGCCCAGGCAGGGACACAAACCAGGGAUCUUCUAUCUGUGAGGGGACAGUGCUCACCACUGGGCCACUGUGCAGCCCUCAAUUCAAUAACAUUUUAUUUAUAUAGCGCAAAUUCACAACAUAUGUCAUUUCACAGCUCUUAAUAUAGUAAGGAACAGACCUUACAAAUUUUAAACAGAGAACAGAAAACCCAACAAUCCAAAACUGCCUAUGGAUUUUCUAUGAGCAAGCAGUCAGUUUCAAUGGGAAGGAACAACAACAACAAAAGAAAAACAAAAUACGGAGGGGGAAAAAAACUAACUCUGAUGACACUAGGCUCAGGGAAGGGGUGAGAGAGUCCACAUCCUAUAUUAUAUACAACCUAUAUUUAAUCCGGUCAGCUCAUCAAGAGUUUGUUUUCAAUAGAGACCCGAGUCCAGCAGCAGAAUUACACAGACCUCUGAAUGUGUUCGAAACCAAAAGUUUAAAGACCCCCUUUGAUGAAAUCUAGUUUUUUUGCUUUGUUAACGUGU